GUUGUGUUGAUUCAAGUUGCUUUGAGAAUUAGUCCAUCAUGUCGUUCAAAACGGUGCUGUCGCUGUUGGCGGCUGUCCAAGCUGUCCAGGCCGACUUCUCGCAUCCUCUGCACUUCAAGAAGGUCGAUGCCGUGGCUGCAAAGAGCAUUGCCACAGCAAAGGGACGGCUGGUGCAAGGAACAGCGGAUCUCUGGGCCGACCAGGGCUUCUGGUUCUCCAAUUUCACCAUUGGUGGCAGCUCCAACCUGGAGAUCCUAAUUGAUACUGGCUCCGCUGACGCCAUCUUGAACCCGGGGAUUUACAAGCCUGGUUCCAGCUCAGUCAACACCAAGAAGACCUUCCGAAUUUCAUAUGCCACGACCAAUCCCGAUGGAUCAGGAACUUUGUCUGCGUCGGGCCAAGUUUACCGAGAUGUCAUCACCCAACACGGCGCCAACCUGACCGUCUCCCAGCAGUACCUUGGAGCCAUCACUAGCCCUAAGUCGCCGCCGACUUUCCCUCACGACGGCCUCAUCGGCUACGCAGGUAUCGAUAGCAGUGCUCUCGGCCAGACGCCAUUCUUCCAGAGUCUCUGCGACCAAGGCACGCUGUCAUCCUGCCGCUUCGGGCUGGCGCUCAACGCUGACGAGACCGGCACGCUCUACUAUGGUUCUGUUGCGACCGACACUUUCAGCGGCAGCUUGACUUCAGUCUCGGCCAGCGACGAGUGGAUCGUCACCGGCGAUGUUACUGUGAACGGCGCAGCGGUUCAGCGCAGCGCUUCCAUCAUCACAGACUCCGGCACGACUGUCAUUUUCGGGCCUACUUCACAGGUCAAGACGCUAUUCCAGAAGGCGGGCAUCCAAGCCGUGACAAACAGCAAUGGCAUCACUGGCUACUACGCCUGUGAUGCGCCGCCUACCAUUGGGCUGGCAUUCGGCGGCAACAACUUCAAUAUCUUGCCCGAGGCAUUGGCUUUCAGCCAAAACGGCAACAACUGCACAGCUAGUAUCCACGGGACGAGUGAGUUUGGGAGCCAGUGGUUGGUCGGACAGGCGUUCUUCCAGGGCAAAUAUAUUGACCACAACGUCGAUGAUGGAACAAUGGGCUUUGCCAACUUGCAGUAGGCUUUAUCAUUCUUUGGAGAUAGGAAUAGUUGGGAGAAAAAAAAUGACAGUAUAGGAUAAAUACGUGCGCAUAAUAGACAGCUCAUUGCUAAGUGCAUGUAGAUGUCAUGUCAACCGUGCAAAGCCUUCCUAUCCUUCUAUUUCAUGCCUACCUGCAACCAAGAAUAUACAUGUUAAGAAGUAAAACGCAAUGGAACCAAAGUCGUGGGAGAGGCUAUGAUAUAAGCGUGUAUCUCGCAUUUGAAGUCACAUACGGCUAUUGGUAG